UAGAAAGCAUUCGUAUAGUUCGUCCUAGUUAAAAUAUCUAUUUAUUGCACAAAAACAUUAAUAAAGAAUAGAAAACUUAGGUAAGUAUUCCAUGAAGGGAUCUCUUCAAGUCAAUUCUAAAGAGAAAAAAUCACAAACCAUAAAGAAAUAGUAAUUUCUACGCAUGAUAAUUUAAUAAUAAUAGCCGAUUUCUAAUUGUCAUGCAUUAUUAUUAUCAGCAUAUAACAUGCAAGAUUACAUGACAAGAACAAAUUAAAUUUAAUAGAUAAUUUGUUGUUAAUAAGUUUAUUUAUGAAAUAUAUUUAUUUUCCAAUUAUUAAUAGUGUUACUUUCACUACUGAAAAUCACCCCUCCAUGAUGAUAGCGUGUGGAAGUAGCAUCCAGCGUGAAAUUGAAGAUGAUUGCAGCGAUGCGCCCGCGCACCCGUACCGAAUGCGCUCAGGAUUUCUCUGUAGAAAGUCCCGCACUACUAACGCGGCAUUACGUGAAUACAAAUCAUUUUUAAACCUUAACAGUUAGUGUUAUAGUUAGUAAGUUAACGCACGGUCAUUUGUAUAGUCUCCCUAGAGACAAUAGCUAUUUAAAAAUGAAAACAAAUUCGGUUUUACUCGUCGCGUGUUGUGUUGCUUGUGUUAUAGAUUCUUCAGUAGCAUACAAACAAAAUAGACUUACAAGAAAUAAAAAUGCAGAGUUAACGAAACGAAGUAAGGCUGAAAAUGUUAUGGAUGUAGCAGAUUUUUCUAUAUACUAUGAUGUGAACACAAAUGAGACCAUUCGAAACUUGAUGCCCCGUCCAUGGUACAGGCCUGGGUGGCUGUUGAGACUUCCAUUUACCGGCGGGAAGUGUAAUUGUGAUGGCUACCGGUGCUCAUGCUGUACAGGCGUAAGAAUCGAAACCUUCAACUUUGACAGAACAACAUGUGCUAUUUUUACAUACGAGCCGAUGGAGUCCGUAUUGGAUUUGGAAGUGAAAAUGAACAAUGAUAGUGUGUAUCGCAAUUCUUUUUCCGCUCGCAAUCCACCACCAUUCUGCGUGCCGAUCCCGGUCCCCUACCUACCACCGGGGCUGGUCGACAUGUGCGUGCGGCUGUAUGACAUCAACAUUGUGGAGCAAAUGCUACACAUGUGUAUGGACAUGGACACCAGGGUUGAUAAGGCUCCAGUCCUUGUUCUUCACUUCGAUUGCAUGGACAUGGGUUUGAAUGGAGUUAGCCUAUCGAAGCCCAGCAACCAAACUAAUGUCAUGACAGAAGACGGCAACACGCAGACACAGCCGGGAGCCGACGUGUAUGACCCGGUCACAGACACUAUACAGACAACCACCUCUAUGUUCAAUGUUAGCGUUAAAUAUAUUUAAUUUUUA